AUGGCUGAAGCCGAAGAGGAGGACGAUCUUGAGGUUCCCCUCGAGUUCAUUUGUCCCUUAUCCGACGACAUAAUGCGCGAUCCAGUAAUCAUCGCAUCAGGACUUAGCUACGAGCGCGAUCUGAUCAAAGUAUGGUUCGCAGCAGGCCGGCGCGUCUGCCCUAAAAGCGGCAUGAAACUCGACCACACCGAGUUCUUCCCCAACGUCGCUCUUAAAGCCCUCAUCGCCGAAUGGUGUGAGAAACACGACCUCGAUCUCGCGCCUCUGCCGGAAGGCCUCGAGGAGGAACUAGCCGCGCAAGUUCGCGCGCAAGACGAGGAAGCGUCUCCGACGUCGUCUAGCCGCGGCAGCCCCGGCGGGAGAGGCGGCGGCGGCGGAGGAUACAGGGAUGGCCCGAGACGGAGCCGACCUGGAGAUGGCUAUGAUGACGCGGUCGAAUCUCAACCGUACGUGCAGCGGUCCGCUAGCGCGGGGAGCGGGAGGCGGAGGGGACCGGGCGAUCGAGAGAGGGACGAUGAUAGCGGGUCCGAUAGGGGGAGUGGACGGACCGGAUCGCGUACGCGAGAGGCUUAUAGCGAGGACGAGGACCGGCGGGGCAGGGGGAGUGGCGGAGGAAGGGGAGGUGCCGGAGGUAGUCGACUGCAGCCGCGGAGUGAGGAGGAGCGGAGAGCGCGCACGGGGCGUGUGGCGGCGCAGCUGCUGUCGCGGCAACGGGGGAGAGGGGGAGGGGCAGGCGGGGGAGGAGGCGCCGCGCGGGAGCGAGGGAAGGAUGGGGGGAGAGGAGGCGGGAGAGCUGUGGGAAGGGCUGGGCCACGAGUAGCGGGGAGAGGCGAUAGGGAUGUGGGGAGAAUGGGGAAAAAAGAGGCAGUAGAGGAACCAGGGGAGGCAGCGGAAGCUUCGGGGAAAGAAUCGGCUGCUGCGGAGGGCACAGGUGAAGCAGCAGCAGGAGCAGGGGAGGGUGCAGCAGCAGCAGCAGCAGCAGCAGCAGCAGCAACAACAACAGCGGAAGGGGGUGCAGGAGACGCAGAGGGGGGAGUGGGGAAGGCGGACGGUGAAGGCGCGGACGCAGCGGGUGCAGCGGAGGGGGGCGGAGCGGAAGGGGAAGGAGCGGGUCCGGAAGCAUGGGCGGACAGGAGAACAAUGAGCCUAGACGAGCGGACGAGAGAAGGGCAGGAACCACCAGGGUCCCCUGCUGGUAGCACCUCAUUCGAGCGCCAGCUCACCUCCCCUGCCAACCCCUCAUCCGCAGGAGCCAAGGAGGGCAGCGGGUCCAGGCACAGAGGCUCAGGUGCUGCUUCGUCGCCUCUUAAAAAGCCCUGUAGUGGGGCUGGUGCGAGGAACCUGCCGCCCCAGCCCCGGCCAACCAGGGAUAAAACGCGGCUAGGGGGUGCCGGUGGGGCGACGGGCAGUGGGAAGGACAGGGGUGGUUCCAGCAGCAUCACGGCUAGCUCGCCUAGGUCUCGCCCGCCACUGUCCUCCCCUUCGUCCACGUCAUCGUCGUCGCCUAGACCGUCCCUCUCGUCCUCGUCUCGAUCCAUGCGGACGAUAGACGAUAUGCUAGAUGCGAUUGAUCGUGGCUCGUCGGCUGACCGGGAAGAGGGGAUCAUGCGGCUCCGGUCUGCCCUGAAAGAAAGUUCCGAGGCGCGGCGGCGCGUGGUGAAACGGUCCGACGGGGUGCCGAUUCUGGUAGAUCUAGUGGAGGAUGCAUCCGCGUUGGUGGCGUCUGGGAGUGAAGGAGCGAGCAGGGAGAGCCGGAUGGAUGCCCCAGCAGUGCUAGACUGUGCUGUGUCGGUGAUUCUCCAGCUGACACAGUCUUACGAUGGGGCGCUAGAGGUGGUGGAUGUUGGAGGGGUCGGGGUUCUUGUGGAUUUGGUCGAUGGCAAGUGCAGAAAAAAGGGUGGAGGGAGGGACGGUGGCAGCCCGAAAGGGGCUGAUGACGGUGCUGCGAGCAAGUUCUCGGAGUCGGUGCGAUCGAAUGCAGCGGCAGCGUUGUUUGCGAUUGCCACGUGUGACGAUGAUGACAAGGAGGAUGAGGACGGGAGGCGGAGGAGGAGCAGCAGGUACCGGAACAAGAUCCUGCGAUGCGGCGGCAUCCCUCCGCUGCUCAAGCUGCUCAAACUGGAAGCUGCUCGGUGCCGAAAAGACGCCGCUCUCGCGCUCUUUGCCCUCUCAGACGACCCGGACUGCGCUGAUGAGAUUAUCCGGGAGGGCGGGGUGAGCGUGCUUGUGGAUUCGUUGUCGGAUAAACGGCCAGGCGUGGAAGAGAAGGCCAUGGCUGUGUUGGCGAAUCUGGUGAAGUCUAAGGAGGGGCAGGCGGCUUUGUUAGAGGUGGAGGGGACGCUGGUGAUGCUGGAUGUGCUGGAGAGUGAGUCGGAACGUGCGCAGGAAGAGGCGCUGUUUGCACUGUACCAUCUGGUUACCACCGGCGUGGUUACGCCUGCGUUUCUGCUGAACGAUGGGGCGUUGUUUCCGGUGGCGAAGAUGGCUGCGAAGAAAGGGUCGCCGCCUGAAGCUCUUGAGCUGCAUAAGAUUCUCACAGCCGCAAGGAAGAGUGUGGCUACCUGA